AUGUCGUCGGGUCAUCCUCUCGGUGGUCCAGGACCUGGUUCAUCCAGCAACAUGGGCCAGCACCACCCUUUGGAUUCAUCAUCUCGGAGACCCACCGCUACGCCCCUGUUACCAUCUUCCAUCACUCUCAUUGCAUCUUGGAGAGGUCAACUACUGAUCUGUAUCGUUUCUCUGGCUCUGGGAGCUAUCUACUUUGUCGUCAGGGAUCCACUACGACACUGGUCGCGUCGGCGUAAAGAGAGAUUGUCCCAGGCGAGAAUGGAAGAGUUGAUGUCGAUGGAAAAUCAACCAAAACUCAGUGGAGGCAAUGACGAGUCAUCAUCGGACAGCGUCUUGAAGGAGAAACGGGGGAGGGAGAGGAAGAAGAAACGAUCCGGGUCGAUCGGUCUUCUCAAAGUGCCUGCGGACGGAACGUCAACCUCAAGUUCCACAGAUGGAUCACCCGUCCCUAGCUCCAGUGUCAGUCCUUCACCUGUGCCUCGACGGAGACUCAGUGCGGCGCAAACUCCUAUCAGACCUCCUGCCUCGACUCUCGAGACAUUAAUUGAAGGUGUCGAAAAGUCCAGCGCGGCGCAAUCCCCAGUGGAGCAAACAGCAGGUCAGAUGGUCGAUCCACCACCCUCACUCAUCGUUCGACCCGUCACGCCUCCUUCAGCUUGGGCGAUACCUCUACCCGAUUCACCUAUGGCCGGCCCAUCCCGCCCAGCACCUUCCAUCGCUAGUUCCGAUAUGGCGUCUGUCGAUGGCGAUACGUCCGAAACCAACAGUACUCGUGCUCGAUCCAACUCCACGACGGACCUACUCGGUGGUGGAGGAGGAGGAGGUUUCUCCAUCAUGCCAGAAGCAGGCUAUCUGCCUCCCUCGGCUCUACAAGCUGUAUCCCAUAAGAAGAAGAAGAAAAAGGGCAAAGCUGUUCCCGCACCAUUGGAGCACCUCGAGCCAUCUCCUUCAGUCACCUCUCCACUCAGUACAACCGGACCUACACCGUCUCCUUUUGCCGAUUUUGCAUCCCGACCUCCACCUACACCUCGUACACCUUCAUCCUCUCGUCAUGCUCGAAAAGCGAGUUUGACACGGCCUGUCAAUGCAGAUUUGGAGGACCUGUUGACGGAGCGAGAGAAGAUGAUAGAUUCACUCCGAGCGGAUAUCGGUCAAGCGAAAGCUGAAGAGUCUAAGGCUUUGGAAAAAUUAUCAAGGAUGAAAGCGGAGCGUGAAAGGAUGAGCUCGGAAAUGGAGAAUCUCAAGAAAUUUGGCAGUGCUUCCGAUCAUGAUGGGAGAAAGAGGGAUGCAGAGGCGUCGGCAAAAAUCUCACAGAUCACCUCUCUCUACACUGCGACGCUUCACAGACUAGGGGCGCUUGAGAAUUUCGUCCGUGAAUCUGGUCUCCAACCUCCUCCGACCCUACCCAUCGUCACUACUGGAGCCGCCCCCAGUCAACAGCUUUCACCACCCUCACCUUAUCCUCCUCCCUUUCCUUCGCCUCAUACACCCAACCGACCCAUGGGAUACUUUCCGUAUCCUUCGCCGGGGAUGUACCCUUCUCCCAUGCUUCAUCCCCACUUUCACUCGCAGAAUCACUCUCCGCGAGCCAUGACACCUGGAGGGUAUCGACGAGCGUCGACAGCAGGAGGAGAAGAUGCCGCAGCGCUUGCUGGUUCGUUCUUACCCGCAUCAUAUGGCUAUAAUGCUGGCGCUAGCUUUCCUGGUCAGGCCUCGUCCAUCGCCCCAUCUCAUGAUCAGCAGAAUGGACAGUCGUCAGGGAAGAGCGCAGCGGACCUGAGACGGAUCUCGAUAGCUUCUCAAGUGCUCAAGCAGAAACCCGAUCAUCCGACCAGCCGCUCCGACUCAGUAUCCAGUGUAGGGUCAUCGAGUCAAGAACAUGUUGGAAUUCCCGAGGAUGACGGCGAGCUGAACGGUUUAGGCGUGGGAGAUGUGCCCCUGCCACGGAUCAACGGGACUCGAAGUCCUGGAAUCGGUCCUUCACCACCCUCUGAUCCAGGUUCACCAUCACCUCCGAACCGCAACUCUGUGCUAUUGACGCCUGCACCAGUUUCGGCUGAGAUCUUUCAACGAUCGGCCAAUACAUCCGACUGCGGCAGUAUGAGAUCAAAUGGACAAGUCCGGACCGCUGAAUCGCUCUCACCUCCAACCAGUGGAAGCAGCACCGAUCUUCCGGGUCUGAACGGUGUCAAGGUGUUUCCCGAAGGUGACCGUGGAAACGUUUACUUUGCAGUCUCAGACUUGAUGGAGGAAGCAGGGCAGAGCGUCUUGUUCGAGACGGCAAAGAAGCAAUCUCCUAGCAAGCAAGGGAUGGAUGAGAAACGAACCGAUGGCGAACCUCUCGUACCGAUGUUUGCGAGUUUGGCCCAUACUCCGGCUCAGUUGGCCGAAAUUCAGAGAAUGAGAGAAGAAGUUUUGAAGGGGAAGAAAUCGAACGGUGUUGCAAGUGGAAUCUUCAAACAGGACAUUGUGAAUGGGCAGGAAUGA